ACUGUAUUUACACACCACGUAUGUUAUCCGUUCAAAAUAACCACAACAUUGUUUAUACGGGUCCAACUUCACGCUUUAACGGGACUGUUUUGAUCCAUGUCAUCAUUCAGUUAACACCAGAAAGAGCUAGAAAAUACUUUACGUAGAUAUGUAGCUUUAAAUCCGUUGUAAAGACAUGAAGAAAUACAGAGAGCUAUGGAGAGUAGAUUCUGUGUUUUGAGGGACACCGAAGACCUCCAAACGCUGAGUUCAAACACUGACAGCAGUCUCCACUUCGAAAGGUCUAAGACACUGUUUGAAGAAAUCCGUGCCUCCAUCAACAACAAUGACGAAGAGGACCGCUCCUUCUGGAGGCCUGUGCUCCCCUGGGGUGGCGUCUUUACCAUCAAAGCAGGGCGGAAGGCCAUAUCAUGCACUCCUCUGUACGUUCAGAUCAACCUCAAAAACACCUGCACCAUCGAUGGUUUCCUCAUGAUCCUGUACGUGAUCCUGCGGGACAACCAGGGCUUCUCCAGGGAGCUGGCUGUCUUCCUGGGCAAGCAGUUUGUGGAUCACUUCCUCUACCUGAUGGACUCCUGUGACUACACCACAGUGAAGAUGCUGUGGAUCUGGGACAGGAUGUCCAAAAGACAGUACCGCUCAGAGAUCCACCAGGCAGCACUGGAGAUCGACCUGUUUGGUAACGAGCAUGAGAACUUCACAGAGAACCUGGAGAACCUCAUGUCCACUAUGCAGGAGAGUCUGUGCACCAACUGGGCCUGCCCGACUCGCUACCAGGAGUUCAAGAGCACAAUCACCAUCAGCCCUCCUCAUGAGCUGCCUCACAGAGACCCCAUUCAGUCGGCCGUGGACGAGUUCUUCUGCCCCAAACUGCUGCUCUGCUCAGAACUGGGGUGUGGUGGUCUAAGGGAGUUCUCUCAGAGGGUUUUCUGCCACGGGCCGCCACCAUUUGUCAUUCUCAACAUGCAGCAGUGGAAGUCAGAGGAGCUGUCCUAUGUUCCUUACCAUCUGGCUCUCUGUCAGCGCAGGUACUUGCUAGAGGGCACCACACUCUUCAACAAAGAUGAGCAUCACUACUCUGCGGCCUUCCAGAUAGACGGCUGCUGGUUGCACUAUGACGGCCUGAGGAGUGACAAUCUGAUCCUGUUACACAAGCCACCAGAGCUCCUGCUGCUGUCCUCUCUGGUCUACAUCCGCGCCUCCGACAAGUGAACUCAUUUAAUCACAAGAGUAAAGCAUUCAUCCAGCCUUCUUCUGAUUAUCUUGUCAAGACUCCAUUACAUGACUGUGAUCAAGUUUCACUACUUACUGCACAAUCACUUUUUUAUAAUUGAUUCUUGUCAGCUGUUGCUUCCUCUGUUACUGUAGCUGUAUGAGUGCUGAAUGACACCUGCUCCACUUCAGGUGAAUGCUUGCAGAAAUGCAACUGACUUCUUUUGGGCAUGCUUGGAAUCCAAGAAUAUAAUGGACUAUAAUAGUUCUGGGUUGAUAUGCAUAAAUGACAAUAGCAGUGAGUGAUGCACAUUGUAUGCAUAUGACCCGACACAGGGGACAUCGAUAAGAUUUUCAUUGUGGUUGUUAAAUGGAUUACACUCUUGAGGGAACGUUUGCUAUCCAACUGCCUUGUAUAGGACAGACUUUAUAUUACAUUACCAUCACAAUUUUGGCUUUUACAUGUAUGUGUAUCUGCCUUUUCCUUAAAUUGAACAGGUGCUUUUUUUUUAUUUACACUGUUUUGAGGAUAAGAAACAGCUGAACAAUGCCAAUGACCAUGUCAGGGUUACUUUUUUUUUGUUAAGAUGCAUAAAUUCAUGGCAAGCAUGGCAAGUGUUUCAUGACUGUUAAGAUACAAAGUUCUUAAAUUUCAUAUAAAGGUUGAAGGCUGUCUAAAAUAUUUCUCUUCUUACAUUACAAGCUUAAAUAUUGCCUGCUUUGCUUCCAGGGCACCAAGCUGGCAGCAUGUUAACGAUACAUUCAAGCAUUUUAAAGGAACACUUCACCUGCAAAAUGAUCAUUUGUAUAUCAGUUACUCACUCAGUUAUGCUAAAUCUGUUUAGAGAACUGUGUUUUUCUAGCAAGCCACCAGGGUGAACGGAGAAUCCAAAAAAAGGCAAGCCUUCAUGAUGAAUUGAAGUCAAUGGGGUCCACAUUUUACAACAGCUAAAUUAAAUCAAAACAUCCAUUUAUAGACUCUCACACAACUUGUGCAGUAUAAUUCAAGACUCAUUUAUCCAGUCGUAUGUUCAGUGCUUCCUAGAGACAUGCAUAUUUGCUGACAAUGUUACAGUAUAUAACACGUCCUGCCCACUAAUGGCGUGCCCUGUGCGUAUGAGCUCCACUUGAGCAGAGUUUAAAGGCACCAGCGUCCCCAGACACGCUACUGAGACUAAUCGUACUAACGUGUUUCAAAUCGUAAUGUUUUAGUGAUAAUGCAUGUUUGGGAAUUGCUGACCACGGUACUAGGAUUAUACAGACUUGGAGUAAUACUGCACGAGUUGUGUGAGAGUUUGUAAACGGAUGUUUCGAUACAGUUUUGGUGUUAAACAAUAAUUCUGUUCACUUCAAUUCAUGAAUAUUUUGUAUUUUUGGAUUCUCCAUUCAUCAUGGAACACAGUCUGUUCACGAAAUCAGUGUUACAAGGGGGAGUAAUUGACACACAAACGGUCAUUUUGAUGGUGAAGUAUUCUUUUAACUGUAUCUCACCACACACUGCUGCUGCACAGGAACAUGUUUUCAUGCUAUUUUUUUUUAUAAAUGGUCUUUAACCUUAAAUAAUUUCUAUUAUUACAAAGUGCCUCUGCCAGGGAAAAUUUUGUUAAAGUGACUCCUUGAUUAUAAUUAAUUGUGACUUGCUCUUUUUCUAUGCAGAAUACAAAUACAAAUA